CCAUUUCGUCGCGAGCGGGCGUACGUUUGCUCUGUCCGUAAAGUCUCCUCCCUGGUUAGUGCUGCGGGAGGUCAGGUUGUUUUCCCCCUACAAGUUUCUUUUGCCCGCGAGUGUUCCCCUGCGUGGUUUCAUUGUGUGUGUAUGUGUGUGAUGAUAAACAAGCUUGUUUGUGCAGUGCCACUAUUGUUCCUUGUCUUCAGUGAUGCGGGGUGUUGUUUCAUGAAAUGAUGUGAUUGAGAAUGUGUAGGCGUGUGUAGUUGAGUUUUUAAAUGCUUGUGCGUGUGUGUGUGUGAGUCUAUGAAAGAAAUUGCAUCGUUCUAAAUUCUUCAUCCAAUGAUAAAACAAUGUAAAAAGGUGCAUAAAAGAAAAUAUUAGGAAAAGAAAAAGUGCCGUUUGAUAACAAAAGGCAAAAAUACACAAAUGCAUAUGAAAUGCACAGUGCGAAGAGUGGAAUGUGACUUGUGAAAAGGAAAGGAGAAGCAAUAUUCGGUACAUUUUCUCAACGUUACAAGGCUGUUUGCCGGGAUAUCAAACACCAUCACCAAGAUGACGGUUUGGAGUCGUGUUCCUUCAGCGCUGCUUGCUGUCGCAAAAGCGAACUACACGGCUCUCGAAAAGCAGCACCACAUCGAUCUGGACGUCGGCGACACGGUAGUGAUCGAGCAGGAGUCCUACCAUUGGUACUACGGCUGCAACAGCUGCUCCGGUGCAACUGGCAUCUUUCCGAAGGCGUACGUCCACCUGGUGGAAAGCAAAACCUCCCGCGAUGGUGAUCUGGUGAUAAAGCGCAGUGAAAUCGUUGAGGAAAUCACAACCGUACUGAAGGAAUGGCAGUACCUGUACCGCCGACUGUACCUAUCGACACAUCCUUCCUUCAAGCUGAUUCAGAGCAAAAUGCUGGAACUGAUCAGAUUGCGGUCGCAGCUACUGUCCGGCAACCUGCCCGUGGAUGAGAUGAAGAACAUCAAACUAAAGGCCACGAGCGAAAUUGACACGGGCAACAAGAUUCUAAAUCUGGACAUGGUGGUACGAGAUGACGGUGGCAACAUCGUGGAUAUAGAGCGCACCUCCACCACCCAGCUGUACGAGCAUCAUCUGAACGCGGUCGAUCGGAUCAAGCGGGCAAACACUUCCAGCAGUAAGAACCGCAAUCUGGAUAUCGUUAAUCGUCAUUCGCACAACCUGCUGCUGUCGGUGCACAAUUUCGUGUGCCGGUUAAGUGAGGACACGGAGAUACUGUUCACACUGUACGAUGGCGAUGAGAUGCGAGCUAUAACGGAGAACUACGUGGUGAAGUGGAGUCGCCAGGGCAUGGCCGCCGAUCUGGAUCAGUUCAACAACAUUAAGGUGCUGUUCACGGAUCUGUCCGGCAAUGAUUUGAGCCGCAACAAGAUAUAUCUGGUAGCGUACGUCGUGCGGAUCGGUGCCAUGGACGGGAAGGAUACGGAUCUGCGGCGCAGCAGCAUGGCGAACUCCACGGGCAGCGGGAGCUACAAGUCGCAUCGCAAUCAUCUAGCAACGCAGAUGAGCAAUCCAUCCUCGCCUGGGCCAGGGGCCGGGGCUGGAGCAGGAAGCAGCACAACCAGCUCCGGUACACCUUCCAUCGGGUCGUGUCAUUCGUCGAGUGCGAGCAAUGAGUUCCAUAUGCGCCGACCGUUCGGUGUGGCAACAUUGGAUCUACAGCCGAUCAUAAAACGUUCCGAAGAUUUCAAAAGCGAUACGCAGCUCAAAAUGCCGUUCAUUCCAUGCGAAAAGGAACCGCUGGAAACGACGCUGCGCAAGCUGAUCACUAACAAAGACCUGGGCGAAAAGAGCGAUGCGGCGAUCUGGAUCAGUGUGGACAUACUGUUCGGUGACAUCAAGCAGGUCCGGGACGAGUACCCUCACCUGGUGCUGGGCAAUGUGACGUUCGCUCGCAAAAUGGGCUUCCCCGAGGUGAUCUUUCCCGGUGACGUGCGAAACGAUCUAUAUUUGACGCUGGUUUCCGGCGAGUUUUCCAAGGGUUCGAAGAGCAGUGACAAAAACAUCGAGGUGACGGCGUACGUUUGCAACAAGCACGGUGUCGCCAUCCCGGGCGUCAUCAGCUACGGUGGGGGAGGAAACGCACUGAACGAGUACAAAUCCGUCAUCUACUACCACGAGGAUCGACCAAAGUGGGGCGAAACGUUCAAGAUCGACGUGCCGAUCGAGGAGUUCAAGCAGUGCCAUUUGCGGUUCACCUUCAAGCACCGCAGCUCGAACGAGGCAAAGGAUCGGUCGGAGAAACCGUUCGGCCUAUCCUACGUGCGGUUGAUGAACGACGAUGGCACCACGCUGCAACACAAACGCCACACGCUGCUGGUGUACAAAAUUGAUCACAAAAAGUACGACGACGAGACGCAGUUUAACUACCUAAGCCUGCCGUCGCUGGCGGAGGAACUGCCGAACGGGAGCUCCAAACCAUCGACCAGCGGCUUCAGUCUCGCGUCGAAAGACAGCUUCAUCAUCGAAACCAACUUGUGUAGCACCAAGCUGACGCAGAACGUGGACAUUCUGGGGCUGCUGAACUGGUCGUCCAGGAAGGAAAAGAUGGAAGAAUCACUAAACGCCCUGAUGAAUGUGCGGUGCGAAGAGGUGGUCAAGUUUCUGCAGGACAUUCUGGACGCUCUCUUCAACAUACUGGUCUCGAAUGACGACCCAGCCAAGUACGAUAAUUUGGUGUUCAAAUGUCUGCUUCGGCUGAUCGAGAUCGUGUACGAUCUGAAGUACCAACACUUUCAGUCCGUGCUCGAUCUGUACAUCAAUGAAAGCUUCUCAGCCACCUUGGCUUACGAAAAACUUAUCACUGUAGUACAAACGCACAUCCGGAAUGCCAUAAACAACAUUUCGAAGGAUCGUGCCAUGGCGAACAUAUACACGGUGAACGAAAAUGACGAGGCGCUCUAUCGCACCACAAAGUACCUGCAGUACAUCAUGAAGUUCAUCAUUCGCUCUCGGCUACUGUUUGCCAAUCUGAACCAGGACAAGGACCGGGAGCUGUUCGUCGCUAACCUCGAGGAGCUGCUCGAAUCCUUCUCCGAGCUGAUCAAGUACCAGAACGACCUCCUCAAGUCGCAGGGUGCACUGCUCAAGUAUCUGCACAUCAUUGCGUCCGACCUGAUGCAGGUGUACGAUCCUGUCAAGCUGAGCCAGAAAAUCGUGGACAUCAUUACGAACGUACCGACCGGCCGGCUGAACCAAUCGAAGAUGACAUGCAUCAAGGAUGUGGUCGAUUCGAAGCUUUUCAAGCUGCCCAAAUGUCGCGCGAUUCUGCUGCCCGUGUUCUGUCGGCAGAUUAAGGAUAAGCUGGAGAGCAAGGAAGAGGGUGACUUUAUGUUCGACAUACGGCAGCAGGAGAAAAAUCUUACCAAAGCAGCAAAAGUGCUUGGGGAAAGCAAAUCCCAGCUUCACACGCGCGAAACCACCGCUAAGACGAAGGUUGCUGAGUGUGUUAAUAUCAUGAACAACAUGUUGGAGCUACUGUUCCAGAGCGAAGAGGACAUCGGCCCGGUAGACAGUGACAUCCGGGACAUAAUGCUGAUUCUGCUGCGAACCGUAAUCCAGAGCUCGAUCGCGAUGGAUCGUAGCAAUCCGCUCGUCGGUAACCUGGUCGCGAUCAUGCUCGGGAUCUUUCGCAGCAUGACCGAGGCGCACUACCAGUGCUAUGUGCGCAGCUUCCUGACGAGCUACGAUCUGCUAGACUUUCUCACCGAGAUCCUGCUCGUGUUCCAGGAGCUGGUCUCGAAGCCAGUCUUCCCGAUCGACUGGCUGGACAUGAUCAUGCAUCAGAACAUGGUGAUCCUCGGCAGCUUGCGCCACUUUGCCGCCAUCAUAAUGGAUCAGUUUUUCAGCCCGUUCGAGAAGCAGGUCUGGUCGAACUACUUCCAGUGCUCCAUCACGUUCCUUACGCAGCCGGCCCUGCAGCUGAAUCUGUUCAGCAAGACGAAACAAUCGGUCAUACGCAGCACCUAUCGAGACAUACGGCGGGAGACGGUGUUCGAGAUACGGAAGAUGUGGUUCAACCUGGGCGAGCACAAGAUCAUGUUUGUGCCGCGGCUCGUUGGACCGAUCCUGGAGAUGAGCAUGAUCCCGGAAGAGGAUCUGCGCCGGGCGACCAUACCCAUCUUCUUCGACAUGAUGCAGUGCGAGUAUUACAGCUCGAAGUACGCGAUGGAGAGCUACGGCGAUACGAAGCGAAACACGGCCCACAUAAAAGGCAAUUUCAACGACUUCGAGAAGGAAAUCAUCGAAAAGCUGGACCACUACAUCGAAGGCGGCUACGGCGAUGCGGAGUACAAGGAUUUGUUUUACGAGAUCAUGCACGAAUCGUGCAGCAACCACAGCACCCUGCAAACGUACGGUGUGCAAUGCGUGCAGGUACUAACCCGGCUGAUGGAGAAGCUGCUCGAGUACCGCUGUCUGAUACACGAUGAGAGUAAGGAAAAUCGAAUGGCGUGCACGGUGAGCCUGCUGCAGUUCUACUCAGACGUGAACCGGAAGGAGAUGUACAUUCGCUACGUCGACAAGCUGUACGAGCUGCACAUGGAGUUUGACAACUUCACCGAGGCGGCGUACACGCUGAAGCUGCACAGCAAUGAGCUGAACUGGGACGAAACACCGUUGUCGCUGUUGCUGAAAUCCAAGCGCCACUAUUGCUGCCCCACGCACCGCACCCUGAAGGUGCAGCUGUACCGCAGCAUGAUCGAUCUGUUCGACAAGGGCAAGAUGUGGGAAUGUGCCAUCGAUCUGUGCAAGGAGCUGGCCCAGCAGUACGAAAACGAGGUGUACGACUAUCUGAGUUUGAGCGAACUGUACAAGAAAAUGUCGCAGUUUUACGAAAACAUACUGCGUACGACGCGGUACGAAUCGAUCUACUACCGCGUCACCUUCUACGGUGCAGGAUUUCCGGAGUUUUUGCGCAACAAAGAGUUUGUGUAUCGGGGCAACGAGUACGAGGAUGCAGGAUCGUUCAACAUGCGCAUACUGAGUCAACAUCCGCGGGCCGAACUGCUGACAACGCUCACACCCGGCCCGGAGAUCCGCGAGUGCGAGGGUCAGUUCAUUCAAAUCGUCAAAGUUGAUCCGGUCAGUCAGGACAUACGCUUCGGCGGCAAGAACACGCAAACGAUCGCUUCGAAUAUAGUGAAGUUCUACAAAUCGAACAACGUGAGCGAGUUUCAGUUUUCCCGCCCCAUACGGGAAAGUGGCGUAAGUGGGGACGAUAUUGCCGGCACUUCGUACGAGCGCACCAUCAUGCGGACGACCGAUCCUUUGCCGGGCAUUCUACGAUGGUUCCCGGUGAAAUCUACCGAAACCAUCAUGAUUUCUCCGAUCGAGAUGGCUAUCGAAACGGUCGAUGCAAAGAACCGCGCUAUUCGCGAGCUUGUACUGGAGCAUCAGAAUGACCCUCGGAUACCGGUGCACUCGCUAAGCGCCAUCAUCAAGGGCGUGGUUGAUGCCGCUAUCAAUGGUGGGCUUCCGAUCUACGAGGAAGCAUUCCUGACGCCCGAAUAUCUUGACCGCCACCCGGGUGACGAUCGUCUUGUGGCGCGUCUGAAGGAUCUGAUCGCAUCCCAGAUUCCACUGCUCGAGGUGGCAUUGCUGCUGCACAAGAUGAAAACUCCUGCUAUCUUGCUACCGUUCCACGAUCAGCUCGAGAAAUGUUUCGCCACCAUUCAAGCGAAUGUGGAGGCAAAGUAUGGCAAACGGAUGACGGAUAUAAAAAUCGACCGUGACGCGGAGGUAACCCUGCGCCGACACAUCUCUGCCAACCAGCCACAGAUGAGCAUGGAUUCUAGUCGUUUGUCGGAAACGAGCAUUGGAUCGUCCGAUAGCGGAAUCUCGAAGAACCAAAACAGUCGACCAACGACGACUAGUUCGGGAGGUUUCAAAAACACCAUCGCCAACUUGGCCAACUUUAACACGGUCAACUUAGCUAGUGACUUCUUCGAGUUCGAUCGAAUAAGUUUGUCCAGUUUCACGGCAAAUGGGUCCGGCGGGAAAUUGAUUUCCAACCUUUCAUCCAAGAUUGGCACCAAAUUGCGACAAACGUCCCUCGGCACAUCGCCCGGAUCGAAGGCGAAAAAGGAUAAAACGCUCACCAAACGACGAUCGAGCCGCAAAAUGGAUCGAGAGUCGUUAAGUUUGUCGGUUUCCAACAGUCAAUUCUACACUAGUCCCAUACCGACGGCAAGCGAGCAUAAUUCCAGCAUCGGCCAACCCGACAGGGACAGUGGCGGUGGUCCGCUCAGUCUGCUAUCGCCCACUGCCGCUACAACCACCGUUUCAACGGCAACAACACCAACCAACUCGUUGCCCGUGUUUGAACUAACCGAGGAGUUGCAUCCAAAACGACCGCUACGUUCGGAGGUGGAGAAAGAAAAGCGCCUAUCGAGACCGCCAAGCAUUGCUACUCCCACGAUGGGCAGCAGAUCACUGCCGGGGGGUGGUGGUGCGGCUCCCAACAGCACCAUGGCAGGCGGCGACAGCAACUCAAUCGGUUCCGGUGACAGCAGCAGCAAUCGCAAUUCAAUCAUUACCAACGGCUCGACCACCUCGGAAGAGGAUAGUGUACCGCCACCAUUGCCGCUGAAAACACGAACCGAUGGUGACUACAGCAUGAUGCCGAGUGGUAAGGCGAGUGCCGACCAACGGCAGUCGUCGCCAGGUGCCGCCAACAUACAGCAGCAGCAGCCAAGCAAUGCAAGUCACUACAUAACAUUUAAACCACUGAUGGGUGGUACAACGGGUGCUGCCGGCACUACUACGGUGGUGGCGGUUAACGCUUCGUACGACGUGGUUGAAACGAGAAAUCACAGCGUAAUCGUGAUCAAAUCCAGCUCCUCCACCAUCACCGGCUGCAGUAGUCCAACGCCGGGGGGAGGGUACGAUGAUCGAAAACGGCCCCCAACACCACCACCGAAACCGGCACGCAAUAGUAAGGUAUGAUCGGACAGAACUCCACGCGUGAAUGGCGAUUGGAAUUGAAAGGCCUAAUGAGAUAACGUUAUAGUUUCGUUAUUGCAUUUACAUCAAAUUGUAUGGGAGAAAAACUAGAAAGAUGCAACAAAAAGAGAGGGAGAGAGACACACACACACAGACAAAUUAAGAAAAACAUACUAAGUACAAAGAAACUAGAGCACUUCUUCUUGCUCUAGCGGUAUUCUCUUGCUUCUUGAGCGGUAUUUGCAAUAACUUUUCUUCCUUUGGUAUAGUACAUCCAGGAGGUAGAGCGGAAUGGAGUGGUAAUAUAGGCUGGCCUACAGGUGUUAAAAGGAGAGCGUGUGUGUGUGUGUGGUUCAACAGCGCACUGUGACAAGGACAUGGAAAUGUAAAACAGGGUUGUUUUAGAUAGCCAAUUUUAGAACCGAAUUUUAUAGCGACGAGAAAGACUGACAACGGUUUGUGUUGGUGGUGAUGGAGGAGGGAGCGGGGGGUUUGUUAGGAUGUGCACAACUGCACAACGGAGAACGAGGUUGGUGGUGAGAAGUGACAUUUAUCAUAAGUCAAUUCAUUACAACAAUACCUUUCAUAAUUAGGGUAAAAGUUUACUGACCUUCGCAACACCAGCAACGUGCAGCAACUGCAGCAGUGUAGCAUCGGGUCAGUGAUGUGCAUUACCGUGACGGACUUAUAUAUGAUUGCCUAUUAGUGUGUGUGUAUUUAGUUUGGAUUGUUUUCGACAAAGCAUUCGCAUUAGAGAAGGAAAAGGCCAUAUUUUUUAAUGAUGUUGAUUUAGCUUGUUGAGGUUUUAUAGUUUAAUAACGUGUGUAGUGUAAAUAUAUUGCGUCUGUUGAUGGGCACGUUCCGCUUCACGCUUAAGUUUCAGUGUGUCUUCCGGUAAUGUAGCGAAGGAUGUAUGUACAAGACAAAAAAAAGAGACCGUUAUUUAAGAAGCCCAUAACAUGAACAGAAGAUUGUUUUGCUGACUUUAGCGAUGUAACCUUCUGCUGUAAAGGUGGUAACAGUUUCGAAAUGACCAAAGAAAGAUAAGGAUAAAUUAUAUGUUUGUGUUUUUUGUUCAUUCUUUUACCCAAACAUUUUCUGACGCAAACACGAGCAGGAAGCGCAGGUCGUCGCGCUGAACCAUGAUACUCUGGACAAUUUUUGGCCUUGGACCAGCGGUGUGCAUAUGAGUGGUACUAAAAUAACGCGUUACUAACUACUUAGAAACAGAUAUGUUGGAAAAACUGUGUAGUUGCACAUAUUGAAGACGGGCCCCCGUUAAUGAUUAGGACAAUUUGCGCAUGGUAUUCUCUCGCCUAGACCCAGAUGAUCAACUGUGUCAGCGUGUCAGUGUGUGUGUGUGUGUGUGUGUUAGUAUGAGUAUGUAAAAGCAAUCUUAUUUAUAGACCAAAUAUUCGAUGCAAUUAUUUACCCUAAGGAUCUAAGUAUAUGUCGCCGGUUGAGAAAAUAGGAGAAAAUAAAAGAAACAAGCUGCCACACACAACUAGGAUGAGGAUCAGUAGAAAUGGCGUAAUAAAGUCCGGAACAGUUGAAUAUUGCUUUAA